UAUUUCCCCCUUCCAUCCCCCACUCGGAGUUUUCAGUGGCACAGCGGCGUCUGAAGCAGGAAAAAUGGCGGUUCCGCUGCUCUCGAAGAAGAUUGUGAAGAAGCGCGUGAAGAAGUUCAAGAGACCCCAGAGCGACAGGAAGAUUUCAGUGAAGCCAAACUGGCGAAGGCCCAAGGGUAUUGACUCGCGUGUGAGGAGGAAGUUUAAGGGAUGCACCCUGAUGCCCAACAUCGGGUAUGGGUCGGACAAGAAGACCCGCCACUACCUUCCCAAUGGGUUCAAGAAGUUUGUUGUGCACAACGUGAGUGAACUGGAGCUCUUGAUGAUGCACAACAGGACUUACUGUGCCGAGAUUGCUCACAAUGUGUCUACGAAGAAGAGGAAGGAGAUUGUCGAGCGUGCAGCACAGCUUGAUGUCGUGUUGACGAACAAGUUGGCCAGGUUGAGGAGCCAGGAGGACGAGUGAGCUUAGAUGCAAUAGUUUCCUGCAAGUUUCUGUGGUAUAUCGGCACUUUUAAUGUAUUAGCGCACAUCCGUGUGAACAUAUCAAAAUUUUUCUGUCUACUCGUUUUGCUUUUGGUUUUGGUGAGUCAACCUCUUCUAGUUUUUGCUUUGUUAAAGAUCUGAGGGAUGAUGAUUCAGCUACUGAAACGCAUGCUUUAUGUUAGUGCCUUAAUGCUUCCAAUAUUGUGUCCUGUACCAUUUUUGUUUGAGAUCAGUAUGAAAUGCAACAUGAUGCGAUCGA